AUGGUUACAUUGUCGACCCAAGAUGAAGAAGAUACGGACUAUUUACGAAAUACCAUAGAAGAAGAUGGAUUGUUAUUACUCGAAUGUACCUUAAAUAUGUUUGAUAUAAAUAUGAGUAAAGAUGUAUUUUGUAAAAUUAUUGAGAAUAUACAUAUAUCAUUGGAUAAUUUACAACAAUUAAAUAAAUAUUAUGAAUUUCUUUUUAUAUACACUGGAUUAAAUGAUUUAUAUGGAGACACAAAUUAUAUAUUUUUUAAUUUAUUAAUGAAAAUUAUAGAAAAAAUAAAUGUAAUUGAUAUUAUAUAUUUUUGUAUAAAACAUGAUUUCCAUAAAUCUAUAUUUGACGUGUUGUCAUCAAAUUAUUAUAUUGAUUUAUGUUUAUUUGAAAUGAAAAACAAUAUAUAUGAAUCAUUAUUUGAAUUAUUGAAUAUACUUAUAGACAAUAUUGAUAUAAUUAAAAAUGAUGAUAUAUCUUUAGAUUCACAAACGUUAUAUAAUAAAUUUGUAACAUACGAGUUAAAAUAUAUAAAUAAAGAUCAAUUGAAUCUUAUCACUUUAUAUAUAUGUCAAAAUAAAGAUAAUUAUCUUAAUAUCUUAAAUACAUUACACAUUUUUUGUUUAGAUAUAACAGAUAAUAUUUAUAAAAAUAUCUCCUCUCAUGACAAUGAUAUAUAUUAUUCAGGAUAUAAUACUAAUCAAUUCAUUUUUAUUAAAAAAUUCAUAUGGGACAAAAUUAAAACAUGCGAACAAGAAAAAAAUAAAAUUUUAUUACAUAACGAAAAAUUCAUGAACAUUUUUCAUGAACAAUGUAAUGAUAAAAAAAGAAAUAAUUUAUCACAAAAUUUUGAAAAUGUAAAUACAAACAAUUCAUAUCAAUAUUGGAAUAAAAAAGAAUAUAUUCAAUAUGAUAAUCUUUCUGAUAAUUCAACCAUAACAUGUUCGGAUAAAAAACAAAUUAGUGAAAUCACCUUAACAAGUCAGGUAAAAAAUGUGGACAAUUUUUUAUUUUUAUAUAAAUAUGAAGAAAUAAUAGUAUUAAUGAAAAGAAAAAAAGAUAAGAGCAUUGAAGAAAAUAUGAUGAAUAAUAAGAAUGAUAAUAUGGAAGAUAAUAAUAAGGUCAAUAAUAUGUAUAGUAAUAUGAAUGAUAAUAUGUAUAGUAAUAUAAAUGAUAAUAUGUAUAAUAAUAUUAAUGAUAAUAUGUAUAGUAAUAAUAAUGAUAAUAUGUAUAUUAAUAAUAAUGAUAAUAUGUAUAGUAAUAAUAAUGAUAAUAUAUAUAGUAAUACCAAUUCUGAAAUUACAAAAAAAAGUGCUGCAAAGAAUUCACAAGAAAUAUGUGCCUAUAAAAUUAAAUUUUUUUACAUUAAUAUAAAUUUAUUAAAAACUGUUGUGUGUAUUUUUUUGAAAUCACAGAAGGUUACACAAUAUAUGGAUGAACAUGUUUCUAAAAAAUUAAUUUAUUUUUUUAAUGAUACAUUGAAUGAUAUAAUGGAAUAUUUUUAUAAAGAAAAAAAGAAUCAAAAUAAAAAAACAGAUGAAAUUGAUGAUGUAUAUAUAUUUUUUUUUUUAUUUGUAGAUAUAUUUUAUAAUGAUAUAUUAAAAACGUAUAAUAAAUUAAUAUUAUAUUAUAACAAGAAUGUUGAAAAGGCUCCAAAAGAAACCAUGAUGUUUUAUAAAACGUUUAAUAAAAUUAUCGAUCAUAUAUGUAUAUAUAUAUAUAAUAAUAAAAUGUUUAAAGAAAUAUGUAAUGAACACAUUAGUAGAAAUAACGAAGAAAAUUGUGAAAAAAAAAAAAAUAAAACAUUUAUGUUUUAUACAGAACAAAAAGGACAAUCAUUUUUUAAUUAUUUUGAAAAUGUAACAUAUUAUUUGUUAUUUUAUUUAUUCUAUAUAAUAUUAGAAGAAACAAAUAAAAUGAAUAAUGAAAUAUUCCUUUUUUUUGUAUGUCAACUUAUAAAUAACGAAGAAGAAAAAGAAGAAGUGAAAGAAGGAGAGAAGGAAUUAUAUGAAAAUUUAAUAAAAAAUGAAAGUAAUAAAAAUAAUGAAAAUAAUAAAAAUAAUGAAAAUAAUAAAAAUAAUGAAAAUAAUAAAAAUAAUGAAAAUAAUGAAAAUACUUUGGGUUGUUUAAAAAAUAAUACAAACAAAUUUAUUUUAGAUAUAAUUGAAGUGGAUCCUAUAUUUUUAUUUACAUAUAAAGAAGAAAUAAAAAAUAAAAGUAUAAAUCGUGUUAUAACCAUAUUUAUAUUUCUUCAAAAGAAGAUAAACAAAUUUUUUUCAUUUUUUAAGUACAUUUUUUCUUACAUAUAUGAUGAUGUAGUUAAAAUGAAACAUGAAAAAAAGGAAAAAUGGAAUAGAAAUCAAUUUUUAAAUACGUUUAUAAUUCUUUUGAAAAAUAUAAAAUAUAUAAUAAUAGAUAUAUUUAUUAAAUAUAUGGAUAUGUUAUUAAUAUAUAAAUAUUAUUUCAAAAAAGGAAAUAAUAAAGAUGAAAAAAAUGUUCCAUAUUAUGAUGAAUUCUUAUUGUAUAUGAAAUCGGUGCAAAAUAUUUUGUUUACUAUCCUUCCCUUUUCAUCUAAUGAUAUAAUAAAAAAACUGAGCACAUCUUACACAAACAAAUGUAAGUUAAUCAAGUAUAAUAUGGGUAGAAACCAUUUUGUAUCCUUCAAUAUAUCUUUGUAUGGUAUAGGCAACAACAAAAAAAAUGAUUCUGACAAAUAUUAUUUGAACAGUGGUUGUACUAAUAAUUAUGAAGACGUAUUUUUUGAUAUAGGGUAUGAUCUAAAAAAUAAUAAAACAGUGAAUAAUAUCUACGACAUAUACAAUGGAAAUAAUCUAAAUAAAAUGAAUAGAUUGAAUUAUAUAGAUAGUAUGAAUCAUAUUAAUAUUGAUACUAAUCGUGUUUUACAACAUAUGAAUUAUAUGAACAGACCAAAUAUAUUUUGUUUUCAAGAGAAUAUAGAAGAUAUAAAUAUAAAAUUAGGUACAUAUGAACAUUUUCUUAAUGAAGAAUAUAAUAAUAAAAGUUUGAACAAUAGUAUAUCAUGUGAUAAGAAUGAUGAUGAAAAAAAUAAUAAAAUUUAUUUUGAGAAACAUAUAAUUCUUCUAAAUGUGAUGAGUAUUAUUUUAUUAAAUAUAAUGGAAGAAUGUGUAAAUAACAAAUAUAAAUAUGUUUGUUUUACAAAUAGUUAUGUUCAUAUAAUAAUGAUGAGAAUAUUAAAUAUUGUUCAUAGUAAUAGUUAUAAUUAUAUGAACAUAUAUGAUUAUCAUGUAUAUGAUAUAGAUAAUGUUAUAAAUAUAAAUGAAAAGAAAAAUGUUCUGGAUAUAUUUUUUCAAUUCCCUUAUGAAAUAUUAUGUCGUAUAAUAAUUAUACAAUUAAAAUUUUUUGCAAACAAAACAUUAAAUAAUUAUAAUAUAUUUACUGUGCUAGUUGAAUAUAUUUUUUAUAUUAGUUCAGAGGUUAAUCCUUUUUUUUUCUAUAUAUCUAGAUAUAUGUGGGACAUGUUAUCUUUUUAUAUGAAUAAAGAAAAUGAUAUGGAUAGUCUAUCAUCUUUAGUAAAUAUUAUAUUUCAUUUAAUUUCUCAGAAGAAUAUCAGAACAAAUCAUCAUAAUAAUAAUUAUGAGAAUGGAAAUAUAAUUUGUAGUACUUCUAAUGUUGAUGAUUCUAAGAUAUUUAAGAAUGAACAUAAUAAUAAAUAUUUUGACAGUAAAAUAAAAAGUAAUAAUAAACAAUUUUUAUUAUAUUCCUUUUUAAGAAAACAAUUUUUUUUGAAUAAAAGCGGAAAAAAUUAUAUAUACUUCUUAGGCUUGUUUUUAAAAAAUAUAACAUCUUCUGAUUUAAUACAAACAGUUAUGAAGAUAUUUAUUUAUAAAUAUCAUAUGAAUUUGCAGUAUACCUUAAAUAUAUUAUUAUUAUAUUUAAAUGCAUUUGAGAAGAAGGUCGAGAAGCAUGAAAAUAAUGGAUUGAAACAAAAUAAAAAUGGAAAAGAAGAGGAUGUAAGUGUAUAUAUAGAUGUAGAGAAUAACAUUAAAGGAAAUCUACAAAUAAAACAGUUUGAUAAUUAUAAUAUUAUGGGUCAUCAAGCAUUUUAUGAAUCCGAAUUAAACACAAAUGAUGAUAGUGAUGAUAUAAAAAAUGUAAAUAGUAAGAUAUUAUUACAUAAUGGAGACAAUCAAAAAAAAAAUAAUAUAAAUGAUAUAAAUUAUAAAAAUAAUAUUGAUGAAAAUAAAAUUAUAUCACUAUAUAUAUAUUUUGAUAUAAUAAAUAUAUUUCCUCCUAAUUUUUUUGAGUGUAUUAAUGAAAUAAAUUUAAUAAAAGAUAUACAGAAUAUAUUUAAUUUAUUAAUAUAUUUACAUGAGGAAUAUAUAUUACUUGAGAAAAGAAAUAUGAAAUAUAAAUAUUCUAAAAUUUUUAAAAAGAUCAAAAAACAAAAUAUAAAAGAUUAUCCAUUGUAUUAUUAUAAUAGUGCUAAGAUGUAUUUCCCUUUAAUUAUAUCAUCAUUAAUAUCUCAUUCUUUUUUUUUUAUUAUGCACCAGUAUUCGAAUUUUAUAUUACCUAAUUUUCAUAUAAUAAAUUUUUAUCAAAAAUUUUUUAGUAAUAAAUAUUUAUACACAUUAUGUGAUAAUAAUGUGUAUCUGAAAAUAUUGAAUGAAUCAUUUAUAAUAUGUAUGAACAUAUUAAAGAUAAAAAAUGAUCAACAGGAGGAAAAGCAAGGUAAUAAUAUUAAUAUGAAAGUUGAUAACGAAAAUUUGACAAAUGAGGAUAAACUAUAUGAGUAUAGAGAUAUAUCAGAUGAUGAUAAAACGUUAAUAAGUCAUAAUAAUAAUAAUAGUAAUAAUAACAAUUUUGAUAAAACUUCAGAGUGUGUGAAACCCAAAUGUGAGGAGAAGAAAGGAAGAAAUAUUUUAUAUAAUGAUAUCAAUAGAAUAGAUAUCAAUAUAAUAUCAUGUCUUUUUAAAGUUUAUAUAAUAUUUCUUAAAGAUUAUAGUUCUUUUUUUCUUUCUUCUAUAAUGGUAUUAUUAAAAAAUAAUAUAAUUUUAUUAAAUGAUAUAUAUUUUAUGGAUAUAUAUAAAACAAUAUAUACUUAUUUACAAAAGGAUGAAAAAAAAUAUACCAACUUAUUUAAAUAUUUAAUUUCUUCAAUAUUUCAAUAUUUUUUUUUUUCAAAAAACAGUGAUAAGAAUAUGUUACAAGAUAAAUAUGAAGGUGCCACAAAUAUUAUUUUAAGACAUAUGAAAGAAAAUAUGACAAUAAUAUAUCAUAGGAAUUUAUUUCUAAAUGUUUUUUUUCAAAAUAUAUUAUCUUCUUCAUAUAUAUUAUCAUCUCCAUUUUGUUUUAAAAAACAAAUUUUAAAUUUUUUACAAACUAUUUUGAACAAACAAAAAGCUUCUGAUCAUUUUAUAAGCUUAUCCAAAUUUUUUCUUCUUAAUAAUUAG